CUCCGCCGCGCGAUCGUGCAGAUGGCAGCGCUGGCGACAGUGGCCAAGAAGGUGUGGAGCGCGCGGCGGCUGCUGGUGCUGCUGUUGGCGCCGCUCGCGCUGCUGCCGGUGGUCUUCGCCCUCCCGCCCAAGGAAGGCCGCUGCCUGUUUGUCAUCCUGCUCAUGGCGGUGUACUGGUGCACAGAGGCCCUGCCCCUCUCGGUGACAGCCCUGCUGCCCAUCAUCCUCUUCCCCUUCUUGGGCAUCCUGCCCUCCAGCAAGGUCUGCCCCCAGUACUUCCUGGACACCAACUUCCUCUUCCUCAGUGGGCUGAUCAUGGCCAGCGCCAUUGAGGAGUGGAAUCUGCACCGAAGGAUCGCCCUCAAGGUCCUCAUGCUCGUCGGGGUCCAGCCAGCCAGGCUCAUCCUGGGGAUGAUGGUGACCACCUCCUUCCUGUCCAUGUGGCUGAGCAAUACGGCCUCCACCGCCAUGAUGCUGCCCAUUGCCAGCGCCAUCCUGAAAAGUCUCUUCAGCCAGAAGGAGGCUCAGAAGGACCUCAACUGGCCGAGUGACGAGAACACAGCUGCUGUGUGGAGGAACGGCCCGCGCCCCAUGCCCACGGAGAUGCAAUUUCUGGCCAGCCCGGAAGACAAAGACUGCCCUGAGGCCAACGCUCCAUUGGACCUUCUGGCAGACUGCAAGAAGGAGGAGGAAUAUCGCAGAAACAUCUGGAAGGGCUUUCUCAUCUCCAUCCCCUACUCGGCCAGCAUUGGGGGCACUGCCACCCUCACGGGCACGGCCCCCAACCUCAUCCUGCUUGGCCAGCUCAAAAGUUUCUUCCCACAGUGCGAUGUGGUGAAUUUCGGCUCCUGGUUCAUUUUCGCCUUCCCUCUCAUGGUGCUGUUCCUGUUGGUGGGCUGGCUGUGGAUCUCCUUCCUGUACGGUGGAAUGACCCUGAGGGGCUGGAAGAAGAAGAAAUCUGAGAUCAAAACUGAUGCAGAAGACAGGGCUCGCGCCGUGAUUCGGGAGGAAUUCCAGAACCUGGGGCCCAUCAAGUUUGCCGAACAGGCCGUGUUCACCCUUUUCUGCAUGUUCGCCAUCCUCCUCUUCUCCCGGGAUCCGAAGUUCAUCCCUGGCUGGGCCAGCCUCUUCACCCCUGGGUUUCUUUCUGAUGCUGUCACCGGAGUGGCCAUUGUCACCAUCUUGUUCUUCUUCCCAUCCCAAAGGCCCUCUUUCAAGUGGUGGUUUGACUUUAAAGCUUCCAAUGCAGAGACAGAGCCCUUGCUGACGUGGAAGAAGGUCCAGGACACGGUGCCUUGGAACAUCAUCCUUCUCCUGGGCGGGGGCUUCGCCAUGGCCAAAGGCUGUGAGGAGUCGGGGCUGUCGGUGUGGAUCGGUGGGCAGCUGCACCCGCUGGAGAACGUGCCCCCUGCUCUGGCUGUGCUGCUCAUCACUGUUGUCGUGGCCUUCUUCACCGAGUUUGCCAGCAACACGGCCACCAUCAUCAUCUUCCUGCCCGUCCUGGCAGAGCUGGCCAUCCGCCUGAGAGUGCACCCCCUGUACCUGAUGAUCCCCGGCACAGUCGGCUGCUCCUAUGCCUUCAUGCUCCCGGUCUCAACACCACCCAACUCCAUUGCCUUCGCCUCCGGACACUUGCUGGUCAAAGACAUGGUGCGGACAGGCCUCCUGAUGAACCUGAUGGGUGUCCUGCUGCUCAGCUUGGCCAUGAAUACUUGGGCACAGACCAUCUUCCAGCUGGGCACCUUCCCGGACUGGGCCGACAUCCACUCAGCCAACAUCACAGCACUGCCAUCCACCUUGGCCAAUGACACAUUUCGGACCCUUUGAGUCCCCCUCCGGGACUCUCUCUGGGCUGGGCCCUCCCAGAAGGCUUCUGCCAUCACCUGCUGCUAGGACUCUAUACGACAAUCGAGCAGUUCUUUUCUGUGAUCCAGUAUGCAGCAAGCAAGAGUGACCUCCAGUGGUCCACUUGGGCCCACAGGCUCAUUAUCUAGGACACCUUCUCCUUCUCUUUCAUGGAGGUCAGGGCCCAGAUAUCUCCCAGAUCUGCUGCCAGAGAAACAAGCUCCUUUAUCUCUGAGCUGUUCUAUGGCUAGGAUGCAAGAGAGCCCUAUUUCAGCAACAGGAAGCAAACUGGAAUAUGGCAUUUGACUUAAACCGUUGGAAUGGGGGUGGGGGCAUCAAUUCCUAUGGGCACCGCUAACAUCCCGCAUGACCUACUUUAGGUUACACUCUGGAGAGAUCAUCUUGCCUUUAGAUGUCACCUUCCUCGGAGAGGCUUUUGGGGCUGCAGUGUACCAGCUAUUUGCAACCACGGUGUGUCCUGCUCGGUUGGUGCCCAUUCUGUGCCCGUUGUUUGAAUAUGACCCCUGCUGGUACACCGCAGCCGGGGUUACUUUCAAUCGCUGGAGACAGGGGAGGGACAGAUAACCUCCUGAGGACAGGGAGGCUGUGCAAAUCCUCCUUGCUGCGCCUCUGGGGGCCUGAGUACACCAGGGGAGUUCUAGAAACCCCCAGCUGACAUCUCUACCUAAGCUUUUUAGGAUUUUCCUGUUUAAUCUGAUUCAGUUUGACCAUAAUUCUGGGGUCAGGCCAAGCCCCGGCCCUACCGUCCUUUCAGCGAGGACUCUCCUACAUGUGGCCCGCAGGGGCCUUUGUGGUUACCCGCUACUCCUUAUUCCAGCAGCUGGUCUUUACCUCCCUACCUGUACCCCGAGGGGUAAGCAUGUUUAAUUAGCAAAGCCACAUUUUUCAGGAAUGAGGGGGAAAAAAAAAGUCAGAAGAUACAUUGGGGCCUCAUAAAAGGCCAGGGUAAAAUUUCUCAGGCAGACAAAAUAUCGUAACCUUCUUCUGCAGAGGGGGCCAACGGAGACUUCCCCUGAGCCAGUGGCUGGUGGGGGCUGUCCUAGAAGAUCUGAUCCCUCCUUGUUUCCAGCAGAAGCAUCUGGGCAUCCCCAGUAAAUAGCACAGUAUCAGGCCCAGCAGGAGCUCAGGAUGUGGAAUGAGUGAUCCAGCAUUAGUCAAGGUGCCCGUGGGGGAUCUGGAAGCCUCAUGUCUGCCCUUCUUACACGUCUGAGGGAUGAAGUUCCCUGAGCAGUAUGGGCUGGGAUGGCGGCACCCAGAGACUGGACUCGUCCUCAGUACGGCACGAGUGAGUCAUGGAUGUUUCCCUGGGGGCAGCGGGGAGGAGAGAGGAGGGACCCCCAAGUUGGAGAAUGGGCUUCACCUCUUCCCACGUGAAGACUUUAGAAUUCAAUCAGAGUUGCAGCCCAUGGCAGUUGGGAGCAGCACUCCUGGAGAACAGGGAUGGGAGAAGUCCAUCCGCAGAGAAACCCAUGGUACUUGUAACCAGAUGAUUCGUGAUUUCAAAUAGUUCUGAUUGAAAAUGCUAUAAAAUAAAAAGUGUUCAUCAAUA